GUUGUGGGCCAGGUGUACGUACUUGCAACGGUUGCGGCGUGUUUUAGUUGCGUAGUUUUCCAUACGGUUGAAAUCAGAAGUGCAUUGGUUCUGGGCUCGAUGUGAGCGGCUUGUGUACCUACGACGCUGCGUGCGUGCAGUUAGGGCUUGCACGCACUGCGAUGCAGUCGUGCUUGCAGUUUAGGCGAAAUGCUCCGCUGAAUGGCGAUGGAACUACCUCUGACAACGCAGUCAAAUUACCAGUCAGCCUUCUUCUUCCCUUUGUGUUAUGCAACACCAGAGGCGAAGUCUGAUAGCGAGACAUCAUCAUUCUGUGAAAACCACGCUGCAACAUUACGAACGAGCUUGAGUACCUUUGACUGCAGCGAUCGGGCUGCUUGUGCUCGAAGUUUAUGCUCUGAUACAGCAGUAUCGUGGCCGUCAACACCAUCUACAAAGAAGUCGCAUAAGCAUAAACUUGGAAAUGAACAUUCAAACCUAGUGUUAAAGAAGUUCUUACAGUCGUUGCAACGGGAUUCAAUGGAACCGACUGACGGCUACUCGCAAAGCACAUCGUACUCAGCGCCGCCAGCCUUGAUGUCGGCAUCACGCAGGACGUCGAUUGCAAGUUCGUUUAGCAGUGAGAGCAUACCGGUUGUGACUACUUCGCAAGGAAGUAUUGAACAUGGAAGUAGCAGCUGCACAAUGUCUGGAACAGUUGAUGGAGAAGCACAGUCAUGUACAGAAAAAGUGCUGCAGCAGGAGUGUGCAGCUUCUUCCAGCACCUUUUGUCCUGGUACAUGCUUGUCAGCAUCUGAUGCAGUGGUUUCUUCAAAAUAUUAUACUGGAAAAGGCAAUUUGACGAAUAAUCAAGAAUUGGCCCUUUCUCUCGAGUCAGUGCUGACAGUAGUACCACAGUCACUUAGGCUGCGUUCCACUACUGCAAAUGCUAAAAGCUUGGAGAGGAAACAAGUGAUUAAAGAACCCUGUGUCAAGACUUCUAGACCAAGGUACUCUACUUCUUCAUGUGGAGGUGCCAGCUUACAGUCAUGGGACUCUCAUCUGGAAAUUGAUGCAUCUAUUGAAGACAUAGUGGAAAGCGUGAUUCAUGAACUGUCUAUCUGUGAAACGGAGUUGCAAAGCUGUUCGGAAAUGUUUUCCCAGGAUCACUCUACUAUCAGUGAUGCACCACGAAGAGCAUCUCCAGCCUCUCUUUCAAGUUACACUUCAAGCAAGCGUUUAGAAUGGGACAAUGGGGCAGACAUUGGAUAUUCUGGCACUAGUGGUAGAACACAUGAACAAGAAAGGUCAAGGUAUAGCAAUAUAGCGAGGCACAUUUCUGAGCCAAGUGAAAGUGAUGUGGUCAAUGAAGCGAGUGUUUCCCCUGAUGAAAAAACACACAAAUUUGCUGUGCCACAUUCUCGCGAUGCUAUUGUGCAGACUGAAGCUUGUUCAAUCAAAGAUGCUGGAGUCCAAGCUAAUGCUUCUGCAAAAGAUCUUUCGUCUACUCAGACUCAUGUGAAAGCAUCAACAAAGCAGUCGGAAAUGAUAGUAUCAGGCAGUGCUGUGACCGAUUUGAGUAGCAUUGCAUCUACCAAGCAAGGAUCUUCCAUAAUUUCACGUACUAACAAUGUGCACCAACAAACUGGCAUGGAGAAAAGAGGAUUUUCGGUGACUGAUCGAGCACCGAACUGUGCUUGUGUCAAUAUGAAGCCUGCUCUUCAGCAAGCUGUAAGCAAAAAGAGCCUUGAAAUGCCAAAAUGUGAUAGGGCAAAUAUUGUUUCACUCUAUAGCCACAAGACCUUCAAAGAGCACAGGAAUCUUAGAAAAAAGCAUGCAGGCUCAACACGAAAAUGUGCGUCAGACUUUAGCUAUGGUCAGAGAAGACAUUGCGGCAAUAACUUGGUUGCUGCCUCUGAUACUUCUCAUAUACAAUCUGAACCUUUGGAUACCACUGGUUUUACAGUUAUAGACAACAACCGAAUGAAAAUGAAAUUGCCUAAAACUGUACCUGGACUGGCUUCUCGAAGUGCAACACCUGCCGAGCUUCCUCGUGCUUGCUCUGAACUUGACAAGCGGCAGCUUGAUUAUUGGCUUAGCUCUGGUUUCCCUUAUGUGCCUGCAGUGGUGCCCCUUGAAGUAGGCAUUCUACCUCGAAUUCACAGUGCUGAACCAGCCACAGAAAAGCAAGAAAAUUGUGAUCCAAGGCUUGUAGUAUCAGGGUCGUGCCUCCCGUCUAUAACUCAGAUGCAAGAAGCCAUAGACAUGGAAAAUACUCGGACUACUGCAACAGCACAAGGUGCUGGUGGAAUGACACGAAAACGUUACAUUGUUCGUCCAGUGUCGCGGUCAGUGCUGAAAACAUCUGAAGCAGGCACAUUGCUUUCAAAGCAGACUGCAGGACAGUGCCAAAAACUCAUUACGAAAGACAAAUUUAGGAUAGAAUUGUCAACCAUGUCCUCUUUGGGUGAGACUGAUGGCAUACCUCCCAUUAAUGGGGCAGCCAAAUCAACACUGCUGUCGCAGAGAAACACUGAAGACACUUUGCUUUCAAGGACAAAUGAAAGUGAAGCGUGUUCUUCGGCAGAGAUAGUGGCAUCUUGCGAAAAUCAAAAAGAGCGUUGUCCGCACCACUCUUUCGCUUCGUGUAACUGUUUAUCUGAAGGAACUUCAUUACAGCAGCUGACAGUGAAUGGUAAGAGUUGCAAGCUGAAACCGAUGGCUCACAGAGAGCUAGAAAAACUGAGGUUUCUCGUUAAUAGACAAAGACAUGGCUACUUGAAGCAGUUGCAAAGAGAAGUAGAACGGCUGCAUAAGCUUGAGCAGCUCUUCCUCUUAGCAGAUGUCAGUCGCACAGCAUCUUCAGCAGAAACGGAAACGACAUCACCAGAAAAGGACUUGGAUGUUACGGUGUGCAGAAACGGAGAAAGCAACAACGUUGCAGUGCAGACUUCUCAGUCACUUUUUGCCAGCUGUGAUGACGAGGACACUGCGGUCAAAGGAAAUUGCUUUGUGUCAGUGGUUGACCAGUCGGUGAAAAAACACAGAGACCACCCUUCACAGCAGAGGAGGAAAGCUGUCUCCAGGCGUCCUGUAGCAUGGGUGGUACCUGUGGGGUCGAACACCCCGUACAGUGGCAGUGAACAAGGAGCAUCCCUGAAAGAGAGAAAUCACCAGGGCACCAAGAAAGAAGAGAGUCUGCAGGCAGCAUUUGCAGCCCAUUGUAGCCGUUUAAUCAAGCGUUCAGAAGCAAGGCAGAUUCAGCUUGCUCUCUUGGCUGAACAACGACAAAAGCAGCGCUUGGCUCCACUGCAGGUGCAGCUACAAGGACGAAAUCAACUGCACCCUCGUCCACCAGGAAAUUUAGGAAGAGCCUCAACAAAGAAGACAUUUACCCACAAGGAAAUGAGGGAACAGACUGAGAGGGUGUAUCAAAAGCUGCCUGAGGUUAUUGACUUGAAAACAAGGUUACUGAGAGAGCAACAGUACAGAACAAACCGUCUUAUGGCACAACUGUACAACAAGGCCAUCCAAGAAAAGGCUUUGGUAGGCCGUGUGAACUUUCCGAUUAACAAGCCAUUCAGUCAACUUUAAAUGGUUCAGCAGUUACUUCCAUUUGCAAAUUAGCAGUGAUGUAAUUUUGCUUCACGUGAUGUGUAUACUUGGGAUGUAAAUAAAAGAUUGACUGGCCUUCAAGAGCAAUAAGAUUGAAUGCUCACUAGUGUGGCAGAUUUGAUUUAAGGCCAUUAUUUUAGCACACCAAACUUAGCUCGUUUAUUUUUUUUUCAUCAUUAUAAAACCUUGUCGUUUUGACAGAUGUUUGAAGACCUUGUCUUGUAGCUAUAAACAGGACCACUUGCAAAUGAAUCAAAGGACUUGUGCACAAUGGUGGCAAAAUAUACACAGCAUGCUGCCGGCAGCAAUGCACAUAAUGCAACCAUUCUGUCCAGUAUUUCUGCUGUUACAGCAGCCAUGUGAUAACUAUGUUACUCAGAUGUCUGCUGAAGUACAAGUGCUUUCCGAGAUGAAAACUGUGCCUUGGUCAUCAUUUGUGCAAGUAAUUGUAUGACAGCUGUUACCUUGCAUAUUGGCUUAAUAAAAGAGCUAUAGUUGAUGUUGCUACACUCCUA